UCAUCUUCAGAGAUGGCGACCCAAACAUAACAACGAUGACCCGAUACCGGCCGCAGCACCGAAAUGCCACUCAAUCAUUAGGCAGGUACGCCGCAAUUUCUCCACGCGAAUGUCACGGUAAUGAACGCGUCGCGGCGCUCGACGGAGCCCAAUUCUCCCAAUAAUCCGACGCCAAUCAACUAUAUAGAUCACGAGAUAGUUCGAGGCGGUUCGGUGAUCGUGUCGUGAGAACGAUAAGACACAGGCGAGCAGGUGGUUCCCUCCCCGGCCAUGGCUAACUGUUCCACCAUCAUCAACGGAGCGAGCCGAGCGCGCCACCGCGCAGUCCCGAGACACCGGCGCAGCACGCGGGCCGCACUCGACUCCACCACCGCUACCGAAUUGUUUGCAACUUGCGCGGGAAGCUUACCGGCGACUGUUGUGUUGCGCUAUAGGACUUAUGCAGUGCCAGUGAAGAUACAACUAUACUUGACGCAUAAAAUAACAGUGUUUAUUUGUUUGAUCGGAUAGCUAAUCCGAAUUGUUGGGCGUAUUUUUUUUGUAUUUGAACGAGUACGGUAAUCGGGGCAGAUAGCAUUAACGGUUGGCUCCGCGCUCGAGUGUGGCAGACCGCAAGCAUGACGAGCGCCGGCGAUUGCGCUCUCGUGCUCCUCCUAUUGUUGCGGACUGCAUUCGCACAAGACUACGAUGUGACGGAUAUCCAGUGCACAUUUGCGAGCGGAGGCACCGGUUUGCGGGAUUCCGUCGCAGCCCUGCUGAGGAAGCCAGAGGGGUUCAGGGGUGCUCCACUGUUCGCCGAUGACAGGGCCACGGACCCUGUAGCCGACCCUGUCUGCCAAAUCCGACCUGAGCCUGAAGACCCCACCGGUCUACUGUACAGGCUACGGAUCACGGAUUUCUCGAGAUGCGGCGUUCUCAAACGAAACGGUUUCGUCCACGUGCGAGUAUGGUUCCCGCAAUUCCCGGGCGUGGUGAUGCAGUCAGACCAGGAGCUGAUCAUCAUGUGCAAGCCGCCAGAACCCACCAUCAUUGAAAACAAAGCGGCAGGCUUCGCCGGAAGUUUUCCCCACGGAGCCCGAGUGUCCGGCGUGGUGGAAGAGACGCCAGGCCGCUUGGAGUACGAAGUGGCACUGUACAAGGAGGCGCCGCCAGUGACCAGGCACAACAACCAUUCCGUUGACUUGCCUGUCGAUCAGGUAACUGGUGCGGUGCCAAUCGGCACGAAGCUGCAGCUGCGUGCGCGCAUCAACCCGGACUCAGCGUGGCGGCAUAUCAAACUUCUGGAGGUGGCUGUGUCGCCUGACCCGGAUCGCCCGCACGCGCCCGGAGCCGUGCUCCUCGUCAAAGACGGAUGUAGGAACCGUGACUUCGCGUCUAUCAUACCUCACCAGCCGGCCCGCUACCGGGAGCGGCACAACGAGGUGUUCCUAGACUUCGAGGCUUUCCUGCUCGCCUCCAUGAAGGAGAGGUCCACGCUCUGGAUACACUCGCAGAUCAAGGCGUGUAUGGACGCUGCCGACUGCCAACCAGACUACUGUUUAGACUUGUUUGAACCUUCAGGACACGGUCGCCGUCGGAGAUCGCUGCCGGAUGUUUCCCACAGCCACAACAUCACGAGUUCGGCAUUAACAGCUGACAACUCCACGACUCCAUUCACACGGUUCAAAGAGAACUUGGAGUACUCUGUCGUGAUGCCUGGCGAACUGUUCCAUAGGACUCCUAUAGAAGCUACUUGUGCAACCUCCAUGAUGGUAGCGGUGGCUUUGGGAGCGCUACUCUUCAUGUCUGCUUUGCUAAUGUGCUACUUAGCAACGAAACUCAACUCCACGAUGCUGAAGGCCAGUAAUCUCCAGUCACCGUCUGGGAAGGGUUUUGAACAGAUUCUAAGAGAGCUAGCGCAUCACUCAUUACCAGACACGGGCUACACCGGUCGUCCAACAGUGCAGUGAUAUUAGCUCUUCGUACCUAAUAUUUAGAAAAUGUGCUCAUUAUCUUAUUUUAAAUCUAUUUUCCUGAAUAAUUACCUACUUCGAACGUUUUCUAUUAUCAAAAAAGAAAUCCCAAAGAAUAUGCAAUGACUUGAAUGAACAAAACUUGAUCCAAUAAGUCCCUACACAAUGAUUUACACGUCACAUUGGUCAAAACUGCUAGCUAGGACAGCUUUUAGUGCCCUUGAAUAGCUUCUGUCGUGAGAUAUCGCACUCCUCUAAAGAUUUAACUAGGUUACCUUCAACGGCCUUUAAAUUAAAUCGUAAUUUAAAAAUAAUUUAUGUUAAUUUAAUUUAUAAAUACAUUUAAUUAAACUUAUGACUGAAAAAUCGCAAGUUUAACUUCAUGCUAAUUGCUUGGUAAUUUUUUCAGUCAUGACUGUCACAUGAAUAGUAUUAAUUAUUAAUUUAAUGUCUAGUAUUUAAGAAUUAAUUUAUUUGGUACUAAAGUUAUGAAUAGAAUAAAGAAAAUUAAAUUAAUUGUUU